GGUGAGUGCCUAAGGCAGAAGAAUGGACUUCAUGGAGAUGAAUCAGGAUGGUGCCCCGUCCUAUAGCGCCGCCGAACUCAAUUCUGCCCUCACCCACAGGAUGUCGGGCAGCAACGCCCUGCAAGCCUUCAUGCCUAACCUGACUACCGUCUUGACCACCCUGGCCACCAGCACCCCCUUGGAGGGCAACAUCCAGGCAGUAACGGAUGCCCUCGUGCCUGGUAACACUCAGGAUGUGUCGCCUCAGUACCCUUACAACAUGCUAGGCUUCACUGCCGCCAGCGCCUUCAUUAUAUCCAUCCUAGGAACCUUUGGGAACCUGCUCACCAUCAUCGCCCUGCCCAUGAGCAAGAAGCUACGCACAUCAGCCACGGCAUUCGUGGUUAACCUGGCGGUGGUGGAGCUACUCUUCUGCGUGUUCAUCUUGCCCAUGUCCGGAGCUCAGUACUUGUACCUGCAGCAACACAGCGAGUCCCUCCUCACCGACCGUGAUUGUAUUUUCUUUACCUCCGUUAGGUACACGCUCACUCAGGUCGAACUACAGACCAUCCUCGCCAUAGCUCUCACUAGAGCCCUGGCAGUGAGUGUGCCAAGACUCUACGCCUCCAUCAACAGACCCAUCAUCAUGGGGUCCUACAUUGGCGGAAUCUGGAUCUACUCCCUCUUCCUCAAGCUGCCACCAGCCCUCGGGGUGAUGGGUCAGUAUGAGUUCAACACGGACACAAUGGAGUGUGACAUGGGAUCAGCGAGCAUCAAGGCUCGCUAUGUGUACAUCUUGGUUGAAGCCGUCAUUCCUGUUUUGCUCAUCUUCAUCCUAUACAUCUUUGUCUUCAUCAUGGUGGUGAGAAGAGCAUUACUCAGACAACGAAAGUUCAACCAAAAUUUUCCGCCUCCAGCUGCCCCAGCUGCCAAGGUGAAACUGAGCUCAGCCCGAGUGGCCCGUUCCUCCACCCGAAGUGGAAACACAAAGAUUGCCCCAGCCACCAGCUCCACUACCUCUGAAAAGAUCAAGGUUACUUCCCCAACCAGCUCCACUGCCUCCACCUCCUCCACCUGUGGUGUAGAGAGGAAAGGAUCAAACUCAAGCUUCAGAAGCCUCAAGAAGUUGGUGUCAGAGUCAAGUCUUCGUUCCAGAUUCCUUCAUGCAGCCAGAUUACUCAAUGGUAAACGUACUCACCAGUCUUCAACUGUAAGCCAGCGACUCCACACCAACCGCAGAGAUAUGCGUGUUGCUCGCACCAUCUUCAUCAUCUUCCUGUUGGUGCUAGUUUGCAGCGUGCCAGUGGCAGUAGUCCAUGCAGUUGAUAGGCAAGUCAAGUACCCCGUUCGCUUCUUACUUUUACACGUGUUGUACUGGGUUCAGUACUGUGUCAAUGUGGUCGUUUAUGUGCUUAUGAAUCGUCAGUACCGCGAUGCAUACGUGGAAUGCCUUGCACGAGUCUUUCCCAGGUUUAAGGCACAUCAUGGCAGGAGGUUCUUUUGGGAGAAAGCCAGUAUUUCGUCCAAGCCACAGCCAAACUUCAAUUCCAGUCGACCAGUAAAUCCAGUUGAAUCCUUUGCUUCAGAGACUGAUCCAGCAGCUGCUAGUGCUGGUGCUGGUGGUGGUCCUCAGAGCAUUGCACCCCAGGGACGUCUGACAGCCAUACCAGAGGGGCACAGCAGUUCAGCAGCAAAUGAUAGCGUGUUCUCAGACGCACAGAAAAACACUUGGGAAAAUCUACCCAAAGAAAAUAUGAAGGAUGAAUUUAAUGAAGGAAAAGGACAUGUGGAGAGGGAAGGAUGUGAGAGUGAUGAAGAUUUAAAUGAAGAUGAGGCACUGAUAGAGCGAGAGCACUGGGUAACCCAGAAUGGUUCAACAGCAGUCGCUCCUCGUGUUAAUGAAGACAAGGUAUAAACAAACUUAAGUAUAUUUUUGCUUAGCAGACAUUAAUUAUUGUCAGAAACAUAUGACUCCAAGUUAUUAAUUUGAAAUCCAUUUAAAUAGAUUAUCAAUGUUUUAUCUGUGAUUAAUUUGAUAUUUAAAAAAAAACAAAUUAGUUUAUAGUUAAUCAUGUCAUUAUGGUUUUACAUGGUGAUUAAAUUUGAAUAAUGUUACAGUAAGUGCAGUUGACUAUUACUGUCUGCAUGGUAAUGUAACACUGGAAGAGAAAGUCAAGAUUUUGGACUGGAAUCUCAAAACUUUGUGCUAAGAUACUGUUGUUUGCUUUAUGCUUCAUGAAUGAAAAUAGGUUUUGUAAAAUAUAUAAAUUAGUAUUUAAGAGUUGCUCAUCAGUCACAGGUGGAAUAAUUAUGCAAUAGUAGAUGUAAUUCCCUGUAGGAGAUGAAGGUUUUACUAUGAUAUAAUUGUGUGAACAAGGAAACACAUCUACCUGUUUCAACGUUCCGCUACAUAUAGCAAAAUUCUUUACCUUUAAGUUGAUCACCUUGGGUCCCCAUUUACCUCUACACUUCCUCAUACAUCCUCUC